AAACCAAAAAAAAAAGUAAAAACACCAAAAUUGAAAGCGUUUUUAUGAUUUCAAAACCGCGACUAACAAAGUCAACCCUCUGUCUCUCUCUCUCUCUCUCUCUACUUCAUCGCCCUCCUCCAUCUCUCUCCUUCUCUCUCUCUCUGUCUCUCUCUGCCAUGAAAUUUCAGGCACACCGUUCAAACCACUGAGAUUCUCGCUCUGCAAUUUCUCUUCGUUUCCGAUGGGUAACGUUUUAAGGAAAAUCAGCAUGUGCUUCACCCGCGACGAGGGAGUUCUCCGGAGAAAAGACAUGUCCCUCGUCAUCUCCGACCCCAUCGACGAUCUGGGUCACUCCUUCUGCUACGUCAGACCCGACCCAGCCCGUCUCUCUUCCUCCAAAGUCCACUCCGAAGACACCACCACCACUUUCCGAUCCAUCUCCGGCGCCUCCGUUAGUGCCAACACUUCCACCCCUCUCUCCACAGCCUUGGUCGAUCUCUACAGCUACAACUCCAUCGAUCGAGCCUCCGCUUUCGAGAGCUCCACCUCUUUCGCUUCCAUUCCUCUCCAACCCAUUCCCCGGAAUUCCAUGAGCUCGGGUCCUCUGCCGCCCAAUUCCUGGGGAAUUCCGGGUUCGGGUCCGAUGGAGAGGGGGUUCAUGUCGGGUCCGAUCGAGAGAGGGUUUUUGUCGGGACCUCUCGAUCGUGGAAUUUUCUCGGGGCCUCUCGAAAAGGGUAGCGACGAUCAUUUCCAGAGGAGCUACUCUCAUGGGGGUUUUGCUUUUCGACCCAGAUCGAGAAAAGGGUCGUUGAUUCGGGUCCUGCAGAGAGCGAUAUCGAAGACGAUUUCACGAGGGCAGAAUUCGAUUGUUGCACCGAUUAAAGGGGUUGUUUCUGUGAAAGAACAGGAUUGGAUUGUUGGGUGUGAGAAGCAAAAUGAGUUGACAAUCAGCAGUGUGAAUCUGAGCACUGAUGGUAGUUUAGACGAUGAUGAUUCAAUGGGUAGUCAGAAUCUUCAAUGGGCACAAGGAAAGGCCGGUGAGGAUCGAGUUCAUGUCGUUGUUUCGGAGGAACACGGAUGGGUUUUCGUAGGAAUUUACGAUGGGUUUAACGGUCCUGAUGCACCUGAUUAUCUUCUCUCCAAUCUCUACUCUGCUGUUCAUAAGGAGCUCAAGGGUUUGUUGUGGGAUGACAAGUUUGAGUCCUCCAAUCCCAAUUCCUCUGUUCCAUCCGAAAACUCGAAUUCAGACAUGGUUGAUGUUGGACUUUCGAGCUGUUCACGGUGUGUUGAUCAAGAGAAUUAUCCAUGUGGAAGUGGUGAUUUGAAUUCCGAAUCGAAUUCAAUGAAAAAGAGGCCUAAGAAUUCCAAGAGUAAGUAUAAAGGGGCGGCGAAGAAAUGGGAGGAGAACCAGAGACGGUGGAGGUGCGAAUGGGACCGCGAAAGAUUAGAGCUUGAUCGGAGGCUAAAAGAACAGUUGAAUCGAAAUGGGUCGAACAGCUCAGGGACAAUAAAUCACUCGGAUGUGUUGAAAGCUCUGUCUCAGGCACUGAGGAAAACAGAAGAGGCCUAUUUGGAUAUUGCAGAUAAGAUGCUUGUGGAAAAUCCUGAGUUAGCCUUGAUGGGUUCUUGUGUUCUUGUAAUGCUGAUGAAGGGUGAGGAUGUUUAUGUGUUGAAUGUGGGCGAUAGUCGAGCUGUGUUGGCUCAGAAAACAGAGCCUGAUCUUUGGAGACAGGACUUGGAGAGGAUCAAAGAAGAAACAUUGCAUGAUCUUGAAGUGUGUGAUGGUGAUGGAUCCAACUCAAUACCCAGUUUAGCUGCCUUUCAGCUCACCGUGGAUCAUAGCACCUCUGUGGAGGAGGAAGUAGAAAGAAUAAAAAGUGAACACCCUGAUGAUGCUUGUGCCGUGAUGAAUGAACGCGUGAAAGGUUCGUUGAAGGUCACUCGAGCUUUUGGGGCUGGUUUUCUCAAGCAGCCUAAAUGGAACAAUGCACUUCUUGAGGUGUUUAGAAUCGACUACGUUGGAACUUCUCCGUACAUCACCUGUCUACCAAAUCUCUACCAUCAUAGAUUAGGGCCAAGAGACAGGUUUUUGAUAUUAUCGUCGGAUGGGCUCUAUCAGUACUUCACAAAUGAAGAAGCUGUUUCUGAAGUUGAACUUUUCAUUGCGUGGUCGCCUGAAGGGGACCCUGCUCAGCAUCUGGUUGAGGAAUUGCUGUUUCGUGCAGCAAAGAAAGCCGGUUUGGACUUUCAUGAGUUGCUUGAAAUACCACAAGGGGAUCGGCGUCGUUACCAUGAUGAUGUUUCAAUCAUUGUUAUUUCUUUGGAAGGAAGGAUAUGGAGAUCAUGUGUAUAAGGAAAAAUCACAGAUUAAGGAGAUAUAGACAUUUGCGAAAACAAAUUGGGCAUCCAUUUUUGAGGUUUUUAUCCCAUUCACAUUUGUGGCAUACCGAUUAAGAUCAGGGAAUACUGGAUGAGUACGAGUGACUUAGUUGUGCAAAUGUGGUGAUGGGUGGUGGUGGGGAUUGUAAAGCUGCUUCAUGUUGAUUAUAAACUGUCAUACAAAAUUGUAAUUUUCUCUAAUAAAUGACAUUCUUGGAAAGAAAUUUUGUUCGUCACUGUCA